AUGGUUCUCUCAUUCAUCCUCAUCCAGAACCGCCAGGGCAAGACCCGGCUGGCCAAGUGGUACGCUCCUUACACGGACGAAGAGAAGGUCAAGUUGAAGGGCGAGGUUCAUCGUCUCAUUGCUCCUCGAGAUCAAAAGUACCAAUCCAACUUCGUCGAAUUUCGCUCCGCCCCCAGUUCCUCGGCUUCGACCUCGCACUACAAUCAACCCCUAGUCCGGCAGAACCUGUCCUCCACAAAGAUUGUGUAUCGGCGAUAUGCGGGCCUCUUCUUCUGCGUCUGCGUUGACGCUAACGACAACGAGCUCGCCUAUCUCGAAGCCAUCCAUUUCUUCGUCGAGGUCCUGGAUCAGUUCUUCGGAAACGUAUGUGAACUGGACCUAGUGUUCAACUUCUAUAAGGUUUACGCCAUUCUUGACGAGGUGUUUCUGGCUGGAGAGAUUGAAGAGACGAGCAAGCAGGUUGUCUUGACAAGGUUGGAGCACCUUGACAAGCUGGAGUGA